AAGCUCCGCCUCCCGGGGGGGAGCCGAGGCGGCCACGCCCCCAUCUCAGCCCGCGGGGGUCUCGCGCCAGGGCCGUGUGCGGGGAGAGGCUCAGCCUGGGGCAGGUAUAACAAUGGAUCUAGUCCUGAACUAUGUAGAUGACAACUUUUUCACACCAUAUGUGUAUCCAACCACAUGGCCCGAGGAUGAGCCCUUUCGACAGAUCAUCAGUCUCCUUAUUGUAACAAAUCUUGGUGCACUUGUGCUUUAUUUGCUGUUUGGAACUCUGAGCUACUACUUGGUUUUUGAUCACUCUCUGAAGCAACACCCCCAGUUUCUAGAGAAUCAGGUGCAGCGUGAGAUAAAAUAUGCUCUGCAGUCACUUCCCUGGAUCAGCAUCCCCACAGUUGCACUCUUCUUUGCAGAGGUCAGAGGUUACAGCAGGCUUUAUGACAACAUUGAAGACUCUCCGUAUGGAUGGCUUGGUGUAAUCCUUAGCAUGCUCUCUUUCCUUUUCUUCACCGACAUGUGCAUUUACUGGAUUCACAGAUUCCUCCAUCAUAAACUUGUAUACAAGCGUCUCCACAAGCCCCAUCACCGCUGGAAGGUUGCUACACCGUUUGCAAGUCACGCCUUCCACCCCGUGGAUGGCUUCCUGCAGAGUAUUCCCUAUCACAUCUAUCCUUUCCUCUUUCCUUUGCACAAGGUGACCUACUUGGGUCUCUACAUUGCUGUCAAUGUCUGGACAAUCUCUAUCCACGAUGGUGAUUACCGCGUGCCAGAUUUCUUGAAACACAUUAUCAAUGGCUCUGCCCAUCACACUGAUCAUCACUUGUAUUUUGAUUACAACUAUGGUCAAUAUUUUACGCUCUGGGAUAAAAUUGGCGGCUCCUACAAAAGCCCCUCAUCCUUUGAAGGGAAAGGACCACAUGAUUAUUUGAAAAAGCUAAAGAGUGGAGAAUUGGCCAGUAUUAAAAAUGACAACCAUGCAGAUGUGGUGAGCAGAGACAGUCCAAAGAAUAAAUAGGUUGUAAAAAGGCCCUGACUUCCCUUCUCCAUUUUUUUUUAAAAGGGAAAAACCUGCUUAAAAGAGAACCCUUCCCCUAUUAAAUCAUUCUUGGGAUGAAAGCAUUUUAGGUGCCUAGGGUGGUUAUGAUGGCAUGAUGCAGUUAAGGACUACAGUACAGUCCCAUAAUGGGGACUGUGUAUGGUGAGAGUAAAAAGCAUAAGACUUAUGUAAGGUCUAAUGUUGAUGCAACAAUGAGAAUUUUCUGAAGCACGACAUAUAAAUGUCAGUGAACUGAAAUUGGGAGUGCCUUUUCUAGCUUAAUGCAUUAGAGCCUAAGUUAGCAUUUAAACUCUACUGUAAUGGCAUUAAUAAGACCUUUCUGCUAUACUCCAAAAGCCUUCCCCUGAAAGUAGUAUUGUUCCAGAUAGUAAGUUCUUGUAUGGGAACUUUGCUAAUUCCUUGAGGAUGCUCUAGGUGGCGCUAUACAGCAAGUUGAGUGUUGCUGCAAUAUUGGUUCAGUGUACUUAAAAGGAACGUUUGAAUAAAGGAAGACACUUGAGGAAAUAGAAAUGAAUGCUUUGCAUGUGGAAUGUGUGACAGUACAUUGUUCUGCAUAUACAUACCUGUAGCUUAAUAAAAGAUGGCAUGCACAUUUUCCAAAAACUAACUUGUCCAGCUACCUUUAAAAGGUUAGCUUAGCAUUAAAAUAGAAACUCUCCAAAUCAAAACUGAGCUGCUAAUCUUGUUCUGGUAGAAACUCUGUAUUUUAAAAUAGGAAGAUAGACCAGACCUAUUUUUCAAUAAAAUCUUACUUUAUUUUUAUGAAUAGUGUAAAUGAAGUGUUUGAAUGGACCUAUUAAUGCUAUUUCAUUUUUCUAGUCAACUAGACAUACCUUUCUUUUUUCCAGCUGCCCAAAUCUGUAUCGCCUUAUACAUGGGCCUCAUGAGUUUGAAAGCAUGAGCUCCCAUUUCUGAUAUCUCUCAUGGUUCAAUUGAAUAUCUUUCAACAACAUGACGACAGCAUAAGGUUUUUGCAUGUUGUGUAUUUUUUAGGACUGAUAGAUAGCACUUGCUACAAAUUAAGUAAAAGUAAUUGUAUUCUGUAUUCAGUUUUCCCAAUCAAACCAUGCAAAAUGACAUUGCACAAAGUGUAGGAACUUACAGACAGGUAUACUUCCAGGAAGCAGUCAGUAUUUUACAAAUGGUCAUUUCUCUAGCUUUAGAUUUAUAGCAUCAGGAAUUCUGUCCUUGAGAGAAUAUUCAAUCUAAAUUUUUGUAGAAUCUUUUGACAAAUGUAUUUAAAAUUGCUGUGGAAAUCAGCUGGCAGGUAAAAAUCCUACAGUAUUACUGUACAUUUUGAAGGAGGGAAAACUCUUGAAUUGUGGCCACUGUUUUCAGAGGUUGGGGAAAUACUUAAAGGUUGCUGUUAGCUUUCCUAAAAUGGUGUGAAGUGAAUGUUACCACUUGCCUUAUUGGCUUUCUGUUUGCUGUUUGAUUUGACUUUUUCUCUCCUAGCAUUUAACAGUAUUACUUUAGAAGACUGAGCAAAAUUAUUUUUAUCAUGCAGAUGUGCACUGCACUACAUAACACAGCUUUGAUUAGAAGUGUUGUAUGUAAAAGUAUUCUGAAGACAGUAUAAGGAACAAUUGUAUUUUGCAGGAGUCUGACAUUUUAAAUGUAUGUUGGUUGAUUUAUCUUACCUAAGCUAUGGAAACUAGUUUUUACAAACUGCUUACAAGAAAUUAAAGCUUGACUGCUUAUAAUAAAGUUGACCUAGCAUUAGAAAAUUACCCAACAGCAGGAGAGAGAUGAAGAGUGCAGGGGGAGUUCCCCCCACUUCAGGAAGUAAGGAUCCCCCUGGUAUCAUAGCAAUGUAACUUUUAACUUGUAUGGCAGUAAGAGUUCCCUUAUGCUUUACCUGUAGUGCAGUAGGUUCAAUGGGAAGGUAGAACCGACCUUUACGGGCAAAAAAGCUGUGUAGUUGCCUUUUAGGAAAACUAAAACUUGCAGUCCUGGCUUCCCCCUUGCAUAAUAAGAGCUGUAGAAGAGAACCUUAGCUGCUGUGUCCUGCCCACUAAGCAGCCUCACGCCUUCCUGGAGGUUCAGUUGAAAAUGGAACAGAGCAACCACUGGUUAGAAUUUUCAGCCCUCAGAGGCUGUCUCCACUUCCCCAGGCCAUCCCCAGCAAGAUGACCUGCUCUGUACUGCCAUGAUCUUGAAUCCCUUCCCUAUCUGGGGGAGGUGCAUACUAGGUUCUGAUUUCUGCUGCUCUGAGAUAGAAAAAUAGCAAAGUGGCUGUGCCCUGGAGUUCUUAUCCAGGCAGUUUCAGUGGGGCUUCAGAAGCCUGGUGCUUGCUCAGCAGAACUCUGGCAGGCCUGUUCAGGGGUGGGUGGCAGGCAUGCCCCAAAGCUGUUCUUCCUAGUGCUGUCACUCAACUUCUGAACACUUGGUUCCUGGGAGAAUUGAGGAGCAUGUGAGAUUUGGUUUGAAAUGCAUUAAACACUGCUCCUGUGGAGCCUUAUUCUGCUCUUGUGUGCCCAACUCUCUGUAAUACACCUAGGAGCUGACAGUGGGUGUUGUAAGAUAGAUGGAGAUCAGUAGACAGAAGGGGGGCUUAGAAAGUAGUUUUUUAAAAGUAAACUCUAGGUAUGAUCAUGAACCUUCUCCUUGCCUCCCCUGCCCCAUGGUCCACUUACAGAAUAAGUUCACAGUUCCUACUGUGGUAUGUUCUGUUGGUGUUCAGAAAGCACUUCUAGAAUACAGACAAUAUCUAAGUUCCCACCCCCACCAGAAACCAAGUGUCUUAAAGGAGAACAAAAAUGCAUCUAGGGCUUGGUUUUUCAGGGAUGCUGAUGAGCUGCAGCACCCACGGACUUCCAGGGACUGAUUUUCAGCUGCUCUGUUCAUAAAUCGGUUAGUGAAAAUGCUAAUACACAGUGCCAAUUAGUAGUGGCACUUAGAACAGUUAAUCCCUAGAAUAAAUGGAUGAUCAAAGUAGAGAAAAGGCUUCAUUGCUUAGGAGAAGGCUUUUUGGACAGUGAGAGCUUGUUCACGAAAUGCUAGGCACUGUUAGUUAUUGUGCCAUAACUAGUAUAGUCUCUAAACUAAAUAUGCCAAACAUCUAAACAGCAGUAGGUGAGGAGGGUAGCAGGCAUGUAAGUUGAGAUGGUAAGAGCAGCUCUGAGUGGAGAGAGGUGUUCCUCUCCAUGCAAUUUACGUUAACAGCAAGGAAAGGCGUUCCCAACCUCUUUAGGCAACACCACCCUAUUCGCUGGACUAAGACUUCAUUUGACUCCUUCCUUCCAGGAUGUGUUGCAGGUGUCCAAGCUGCACAGGGAGUUGAAGCGCAUGCGAUUUGACUAAGGGAAAGACAUCUGGAACUCAAGCCUUAUAUUAAAGCAGAGGAUACCAGCUGGUAGGAACCUCCCAAUCCGUAUUGUAGUGUUCAAGUUCAGUCUUGGCAAGGCAGGUACAGGCUUGGUUUCAAACGUCUGAACAAAGCAAACUCCUGCCUGCUGGUCCCUCCCAGUGGGUUAAGGAAAGUGAGAUGCAUGCACAGAAGUUUUCAAACACUGUCUCUGGUUCAUAUUGUAAACAAGUAGAGAGGUUUGCAUAGACAUGUACCCUUCCUGAAACUGGAGCCAAGGAGCAGAGAGGCAGAGGAUCCAUAGUAUGUUGUGUAAAUAACAAGAAGUCACUGUAUGAAGAUUGUAUUGAAAGGAAUUGUUGCAGACCAGCAGGUUGGUCUUCAAUGGUAAUGUUUUCUGAGUCAGUAAUAAAAUCUGCAUUUUAAA